GUGGUGGUUGGCCCACAAUCAAUCCCGGGAACCUUGAACGUCACAUGGACCCUCGGUGCCGCCCACUUGUCCAGCAUUUCCUACUUCGUUCUCGAGGCUCGCUCUCGCUUCGACCCACUCAACCAAUGGACGGUGAUUCUGUCCAACCUCAGCAUCGACAAGACAUUCACAGUGACUUCGGUUGUAACUAGUGCGUAA